AUGGAGGCUGGCGAGAGAGACUGCGCCGGCGGCUUCCACUCCACCUCGCUCAUGAAGGCGGCAAGGAAUGACCAGCCGGAGCUCGUGGAGAAGGCGCUCGAGUGCACCGCCAACAAUAUAGACGCAGUCGGCAGUGACGGACGCACGGCCCUGAUGAUCGCUGCCGCGUUGGGCCACCUGAGGGUCGUGCGAGCACUGUGCAACGCCGGAGCCGACCUCAACCUCGUCGAUGGUAACGGCCGCUCUGCGCUCGACGCCGCUAUUCGCAGCGAGCAUGCCGAGAUUGCGGCGCUCCUGAGCAAAGAGGCUGCAUCUCGAGAAGCGCUUUGGGCGGCCAUCAACGGGGUGUCGGGCGAACAGAAGCCGAUGGACGCGGGGCCACCGGCCAUGCCGGCUGGGCUGGCCGAAAUGCUGGCGCAGGCCGGGGGCAGCAUGCCGCCCGCGUCGCGAGAGGCGCCGUUUUAA